AUGGGGGAGAUAUACGACCAAUCGCGGAAUGACGCAUUACAGCGUCUGAACCAAACACUACUUCAAAUCGACCCUUACAUCCUACCACCAUAUCCCAACCUCUCCAUCGUCGCAGGACCAUUGGACCCACCACUACUCCAAUUGACACUUUCACAACUACUUCAGCGACAAGUCGAGUGCUAUCCAGACAAUGAAGCUGUUGUCAUACCCUGGACAGGUGCGCGGUGGACGUAUAAGAAGCUAUGGGAGGAGUCAAGUUUGCUCGCAAGAGCACUAUUGAAGGAGGGAGUGCGACCGAGGGAUAGAAUAGGAAUCAUGAGCGGGAAUUGCGAGAAGUACAUUGCUCUCUUCUUUGCUUGUGCGAGAGUAGGGGGUAUUUGCGUUACCCUCAACAAUACGUAUACGGCGACGGAGAUGGAGUAUGCGCUGAAGCACACCAAAUGCAGAAUACUAUUCACGACACCUACGAUCGCGCGCUUCGACAACGGGCCAUUGCUCGAGAAGCUCAGCCAAGACGAUAUCAGCUCCGCACUACCAGACCUCAAGACCGUGUGCCUGAUACGCGGUCAACACGACAGCUUCAUCUCCUACUCUUCCCUCAUCGGAGAAGCUCAAUACAUCCCCGAGCACAUCCUAGAUAUCUUCGACGGCAUAAUAAGUCCUUACGAUGUCGCGAACCUGCAGUUCACGAGCGGUAGUACUGGCAACCCGAAGGCUGCCAUGUUGACACACCACAACCUCAUCAACAACUCCCGCUUCAUCGGCGACCGCAUGGACCUCACACCGAACGACACCCUCUGCUGCCCACCACCUCUCUUCCACUGCUUCGGUCUCACCCUCGGCCUCCUCGCUUGCCUCACACACGGCGCAAAGAUUGUCUUCCCGGCAGAACAAUUCGAUCCAGUCGCUUGCAUGCGCGCUAUUGACGCUGAGCGGUGCACAGCCUUACACGGUGUGCCGGCUAUGAUGGAAUCUAUAAUGGACGUGCCACGGCCGGAGGGCUGGACCAGCGAUCUAAGAACAGGCAUCGUAGCGGGAAGUCCAGUGCCGAAGUGGCUGAUGGAGCGCAUGGUCAAUGAGCUCAACAUGUCGGACUUCACGUCCUCGUAUGGGCUCACCGAGGCCAGCCCGACGGUGUUCAACGCACACACAACUGACUCGCUGCAUGCGCGGUUGACUACUGUCGGAACGGUGUUACCACAUGCACGCGUCAAGAUCGUGGAUCAUCAGGAUCGCGUCGUCCCAAUCGGCGUCAGAGGCGAACUCUGCGUUGCUGGAUACCAGGUCUGCCGCGGAUACUGGGAGAAUGCUGAGAAGACGGCAGAGCUCAUCGUUCGCGAUGAGUAUGGCGAGCCUUGGCUUCAUACUGGUGAUGAGGCGGUUCUCGACGUGGAUGGUUAUUGCACCAUCACCGGUCGGUUCAAGGAUAUCAUCAUCCGAGGAGGCGAAAACAUCUACCCUCUCGAAAUCGAAGAACGUCUCGUCGCACACCCAUCCAUCGCCCGCGCCAUCGUCGUCGGCGUCUCACAUCCGCGCUACGUCGAAGUGCCCGCCGCUUUCCUCCUACACGAGCCCAACACGGAUAAACCGGAUUUGGCUGAGGUGCAGGGCUGGGUGCGGAAGGUGCUGGGCAGGCAUAAGGCGCCUGUGCAUAUCUUCUGGCUGGGGGAGGAUUGUGAUGCCGAAGUACCGUUGACAGGCAGUGGUAAAAUCAAGAAGUUCGUGUUGAAGGAUGUUGCGGAGGGUUUGUUAAAGCCCGCGGCGGGGAGGUAA